AUGAGUAACCGAUGGCGAGUUCUACCUCUGCAGCAAAUCCUUGAAGAGUGGUCUUCCAACACGACAGAGUACAACAUCUUCAACGAUGUCAUCCACAACCGCGCAGUGCAGGUCUUCUUCUGCACUGUGUACAUUGGUAUCUUCGUGCUGGGCCUCUUCGGCAACAUAUUGGUGUGCUAUGUUGUGGGCCGCAACCGUGCCAUGCAGACGGUGACCAAUCUUUUCAUCAGCAAUCUUGCCCUCUCCGACAUUCUGUUAUGCAUGCUGUGCGUGCCCUUCACGCCACUUUACACCUUUCUCGGCACCUGGGUAUUCGGCGGCACUUUGUGCCACGUCGUGGCCUUCGCCCAGGGGACCAGCGUCUACAUUUCGACGCUGACCCUCACAUCGAUCGCCGUGGACCGCUUCUUCGUCAUCGUGUACCCGUUCAAGCCGCGGAUGAGGCUAUCGACAUGUGUGGCCAUCAUCUGCAGCAUAUGGCUAUUCUCGCUGGUGGUGACGCUGCCCUACGGCGUCUACACAGUGCUACGCUCGGACCGGCGCGCCUACUACUGCGAGGAGCACUGGCCGUCGGAGCGCGUGCGCCAGGCGUACGGCGGGCUCACGGCCAGCCUGCAGUUCGUGCUGCCCUUCUUCGUGGUGACCUUUUGCUACGUGAACGUGUCGCUCAAGCUGAGGGACCGUGCGAGAGCCAAGCCCGGCAACAAGAACUCGCGACGAGAAGAGGCCGACCGCGAUCGCAAGCGGCGCACCAAUCGCAUGCUCAUCGCCAUGGUGGCCAUCUUCGGCAUCUCUUGGAUGCCGCUGACGAUCGUGAAUCUGACGAACGAUGUCUACAUGUCGACUGGCCGCUGGGAGUACUUCAAUCUUUGCUUCUUCUUGGUGCACGCUGUCGCCAUGAGCUCCACUUGUUACAACCCGUUCCUGUACGCCUGGCUCAAUGAGAACUUCCGGAAGGAGUUCAAGCAGGUGCUGCCCUGCUUCGAGCAUGGGGGUAGGAACUCAGUCCGCUCUGCUGGAGCCGCGGAUGGCGCCACAGGCUGGAAGGAGCAGCGCGCGUGCAACGGGCACGACGCUCUUGAGACGCUGCUGACGAAGACGCCGCCGCAUUGCCGCCUCGACUCGAUGCGGCCUCGGUCGGCGGGGCCCGUCCUCGAGGAAUUCACGGAUCCCGUCUCCACUGGAGCUGACGUCUGUGAGGCAGCCUCGUACAACGCUGGUGUUAAUGAAGUGCACCUCUAUCUUGGCUGCACUCAUAAGGAGGCCGAUGUUCUCUGCACCCCUGUCUUCGACUCGCUGUAG